CCGCGGUUGGAGGCAACAACAAGAGCGCCUACAUGGUGGGGGUCAGAUGCAAGCCCUACGGAAGCAAGGAAUACCUCUACCAGCUGCGGAAGUUCGCUCGCGUCGCAGAAGAUCCUACCCACGGGCCUGAGCACACGUUCCUCGACAAAAAACGUUUUGUGGUGGUCUCCUAUGACCCCGUGGAAGGAUACGCUCUUCUCUUCGACUCCGCAACAACGAUCUACAUGAAGAUGUGCCUGUCCUACACCGUUCAAGGCAGCGUGCCGUUCGGCCUGGCUCUGUUCGACGCCGAGUACGACGACUGGUCCAAGAAAGGAGACAAAGCCGGCAGCUUCCCGCUCACUCGAUCGGCUCGGAAAGUUGUGGACGACAUCAAAGAUAACAGCGCAGACGAUUCCGCAGGGCCCAUGGAAUGCGUCGCUCUCGAAUAAAGCUGUUAUUC